AUGAUUUAUUAAACAAGAAACCCUGCUCAAUAUCCAAGUUACUGAGCACAUGCUUUCCGAUAGAGCUGCUGCUGUAGUUUUGAACUUGAAGAUUGGUUCCUGUGCACUUUUGUAAUCGUUUAAUCCAACAUGUCCAAUUUGAAGCGAAUUAAUAGUGAGCAGGUCCACUCGGCUGUUUUAAGUUACCUCAAGCGUCGGCAGUUUAUUGAUGCUAACAGCGACACAUACAGCAAGAAGCACCUCCGUCUGACGGAGUCAGUCUCCCUGAUGGCGACAGAGGCAGCAGUCAGACGGGAGACAGGCGUCCUGAAUGUGGUCUCCUGCACCACGUGUGACUCUGAUCCGGAGAGCUAUGAGCAGCAGUAUUCAAGGCUCAAGACAUUCAUUGAGCAGACACGAGAGCCUUUCAAGGAUGACCUCCAGGUUCUUCUGUACCCUCUCUUUGUUCACCUGUUUCUAGACAUGAUAACCAAUGGGCACAAGUCAGCAGCACACAGCUUGUACAGCAAACACCAUGAGUCCUUCUUGGAUGUCAGUAAUCAGCGAGAGUUGGUACAGAGCUUGACCGGCGUUGUGAACAGCAUGGACCUUCUCAUGAAUGAUCAUCUCACAGCAUUCAGAGACAGCAAGUAUGUGGUUCCCAUGCGCCAGGAGGCGGUGCAGUUCCUCCUUCGGUAUCUGCAGAGUCAGGAUAACUCCAUGCUGCUCAAAGUCUUCAACCUCCACAUCCAAAUUGACGUGCGGGGACUGACAAAUGCCUCACACAGUGUGCACACUGAUAAUGGAUCCACACCUGCCAGUGCACCUGUUACUCCAGCCAGCAGUCAGCCAGCAUCCUCCGAUGGAGAUGAGGCAGCGAAUCUGACAGCCUUGAAAGCCAACAUGGAGAAAGUCAGCAAGGGUCCCCCAACGCUGCCGUCAGUGCUGAUGUACACAUUCACCAAUACAUACCAAGGACUCAGCUGUGCCAGUGUCUCUUCUGAUCAUUCCCUGCUCUGUGGCGGCUUUGAGGAUUCUUCCAUCCAUCUCUGGAGUCUGAAUUCCAAGAAGCUGCAAGCGGCCCCUCACAGCGUGGAUGUUAGUCGCAUUCGUGUCGCUGGUGAUUGCGUCGAAGGGCAGAUGUAUGGAGACAGUGUUAGCAGUGAAAACAAAGUUUUGAGAGCUCACUCAGGACCGGUGUAUGGCACCUGCCUCCUCUCUGACAACAGAGUCCUGCUAUCCUGCUCUGAGGACACUACCAUCCGGGCAUGGAGCUUGGAUACGUACACCAACAUGGCCAUCUACCGGGGCCACAACUACCCUGUGUGGGGCAUUGAGAGCAGCCCCAUGGGGCUGUAUUUUGCCACGGCUUCCAAGGACAACACGGCGAGACUGUGGACCGUGGAGAGGACCUUCCCCCUGAGGGUGUUUGUGGGCCACCUGAUGGAUGUUGAUUGUGUUAAGUUCCACCCAAACUGCAAAUACCUGGCCACAGGGUCCAGUGAUAAAACCAUCCGACUAUGGAACAUUCAUGACGGCAAGACAGUCCGACUCUUCAAUGGACAUAGAGGCACAGUUCUAGCUUUGGCAGUUUCACCCGACGGGCGCUACGUAGCUUCUGCAGGUGAGGAUAGGCGAGUAAAACUCUGGGAUAUCGGCUCAGGAAGUCUGGUCAAGGAAUUACGGGGCCACACUGACUGUGUCUACAGUCUCAGCUUCAGUCCUGACAGCUCAGCGCUUGCAUCAGGUGGAAUUGACAACAGUCUAAGAUUUUGGGAUGUGAGACAGAACUACUCAUCAUCUCAGUCUGAGAGCGGUUCUUCGUCUGAGCUCUUAGGUUCCUUCUCCAUCAAGUCCACCUGCAUUCACCAUGUUCAGUUCUCCAAGUGCAACCUCCUCACUCUCGCAGGCGCUUCCACUAGCUCAUCGUGAGGUCGAAGGUCAUGACCAUGCAAAUCAACUCUUCUUGCUAACUGUGACCCAAUCUAACAAAAUGAGUCUUAAGUCACCAGAGCCACAUGCGCGUAUUCCACCCUUCACAAUGUCCAAUUUGUGAUGCCAGUCUGUGUUAUGCAUUAACGCAAAGCACACAGUUUGCUUGUCCGAAAGAAAACUAACAAAUGCUGAAAAAGUGGCCUCAAGACUCAUUUUGUGUGAUCAGGUGACAAUUUGUUGUCACCUUUGUGUUUGGUUUGGAUUUUGCCCCUCAAGAAUUUUGUUAUCCCAUUUGGUAUCAUGAUGACAUUACUGACACACUUGAAAUCCAAACCGUCUGCACUUGACAAGACUAACCUCAUUAACCUUUGUUCAGGACUUGUUGAUGUUCAUCAUAUUAAUUGUGACAUUGUUUUUGACAGUUUUGGUUUUGUAUUUUGGUUGUAUUUACUUAAGUUCAUUUAAGUUAUCUAUCAUGGAAAAUUUCAUGGCACAUUGUUGGUAUUUCUUUUCAUGUGUUCUUGUUAUUAAGAAUUUGAGAUAUCUAAUGUAGCAAAACCUAUGUGACAGGUGUAAACAAUGUUACACAGCCCACGUCUUAAUUAACGGGACAUAUUCAUGAGUCGGCAAUCUUGCCUUCAACCCCUUGACGCCGGGAAUUUGUUCUGAAAGCCGAUUCCGAGAAUUCCAGCCUGGCUUGGCCACAAAGGCCACCUGCCAAACCGCAAAUUCUUGGUUUGGUGGCCCUACGU